AUGGGCGUCUUGAGUCGCGGCGACUCCUUGUCCCAGAAAUUCCGAUCCGACUUGGCUCGCCGAGAACGUCUGGAGACGGAACUCGAUGAGCUCCUUCGCAGAAAUCGAACUACCAUACCGCAGUUGCUCUUUUCAGCUUCGCUCAGGUGUCGAGACAUGGUGAUAUCUUGCGAGCUGGGCGGAGAGUCGAGAGUGCUGGACUCGGAGCAGUGCUGCUCGGAGAUCUUCUUGUCUCGACCGUUGACCUCGAUGGGCCCCUGCAUCUCGACCCACGGAUACACCCGCUAUCAGAACUACCCCGGAGCUUCCAUGGGACUCAGCGUCAUGCUGAAGGUCUUCAAAUCCACGUGGCUGGACAGAAGCGUCCUUUCGGAUGUGGCCCAAGCAGAUGGAUAUAAGGUCAUCCUGACCGCUAGCUACGAAUCCCCGUCUCUUGCUGCCAAAAUGAGGGCCCAUUCCGUCAACCCGGGAAGGAAGACUCUUCUCGGCCUUCAAGCCGUCAGGGUGGAACACUCCGGAAGAAACGUCUACCCGGUGAGGUCGAACGCGUGCGGCGACGUGAACGUGACGACAGCCCCCUCCCGACCCGUCCACGACCUGAUGAACACCUUCCCCCAUUCCUGGAACUGCGUGGAGAGGAUCCUCCGGGACGCGGCCGUCACCUCGACGUGCAGCUGCAAUCCCGCCGAUACCCUAUCUUCUGCAGAGCUGGAGAAUACGAGCCUGCUCGUGUGCAGUCCCGAGAAUUACAUGCGGUGCAUAGGACAGGAAAAGGCGCUGGACAAGUAUACGGAAAUUGUCUUUUCCAGAGCAGAGAAAGAAUGCAAACCUCUGUGCACAGAGACCUCUUACGAAGCGCUGGUCACCUACGACCACCUGAAUCCAGCUUACGUGGAGAGUGUGACUAACCAGUUUGGAUACGACCUCAAGCAAAGUGAGGAGGUCGUGAUGGUUGGGGUCCAUUACAACAUGCUGUCAGAGCGCGUCAUCACGUAUACGGCGUUCUCCGUCAUCGACCUCAUCAGCAGCACGGGGGGCAUCCUCGGUCUCAUCAUUGGAGGCAGCGUCCUCACCGUCAUCCAAUUCAUCGCGUUCCUCCUUUGGCUCGCCCAGCGGCUGGCACGAUGGGGAAGCGAGCGGAUACAGGCGUCAAAACGUCUCAAGGUGACGGUGGUGGGUGCGACAGAGUCGCCGAGUGCAUCCGCGUCGGAAGCAUCUGGGUCGCCGAGUUCAUGGAGGACCUUGUUUCUUCUCGAAGCGAAGGCGGGAGACAAGGGAUUCGCCAUGCGCGACUCUCUCUUCAUCUAA